AUGGCUGUCGCCAACAACCUUUUGGCAAACCUCGCUGACUCUUGGAUCCGUAACAACCACGAGACCCAGCGAGCUUACUGGUAUGGCCGUGCUGUCGUCUUUGAGGGUUACGAGGCUGCCAUUGAGUUGACCAAGAACCAAACCCUGGUCGACUGGUACCGUGACCAGAUGGACCUUGUUGUCGCUGACAACGGAACCAUCAUCAAGUAUGACAUGACAAAGCACUCGCUCGACAACUACCGCAUUGGCAUGAACUGUCUCUGGUGGUACAAGCGCACCGGCGAGGAGAAGUACAAGCAGGCUGCCGACUUUAUCCGUGACAGGCUCAACCAGCACCCCAGAACUCCCACUGGCGGUUUCUGGCACCGAGAGCCUACUUACCCCGACCAAAUGUGGCUCGACGGUAUCUUCAUGACUGAUACCUUUUACGCCGCCUGGACCAAGGAGUUCGACGCCAAGAACACCACUGCCUGGGACGACAUUGUUCUCCAGUGGGACAAGAUCCAGGAGGUCACCAUCGACAAGGAGACUGGUCUUCCCGCUCACGGCUUUGACGAGAGCAAGACUGCUGUCUGGGCUGACCCCGAGACUGGUGUCUCUCCCAUUAUCUGGAGCCGCGCUGUUGGCUGGUACUUUUGGUCUCUCAUCGAGGUCCUUGACGUCUUCCCCAAGUCUCACCCUGGCUACAAGCGUCUCCGAACCUACUACAAGGACCUCGCCUCUGCCCUUCUCCGUGCUCAGGGCCACGAGAGCCACCUCUGGGAGCUCCUGAUGGACAAGGAGUACGAGGGAGUUGAGGGUAACUACAUUGAGAGUUCUGCUUCUGCCAUGUUCACCUACGGUUGGUUGGCUGGUAUCCGCCGUGGUCUGCUUGAUGAGGAGACCUACGCCAAGCCCGCUAAGCAAGCUUACAAGCGUCUCUACCGUGACUUUGUCACCAAGCACAAGAACGGAACUCUUACCUGGGAGGGUACUGUCGAGGUUGGCUCUCUGGGCAGUGAUGCUUCUUUCGAGUACUACACCGAGGUUCCUGUUGUUCCCAACGACACUCGUGGCCACGGACCUUACAUGAUGGCCGUUUACGAGUGGGAGGUUCGCAACAAAUAA